UCCAUUUCAGAGAGAGAUGUCCAUCUCCCCUCACCAGCUGUAGAGAUUCUCCCUUCAAAGACAGCUCAUCCCUACAAAUAUGCAGGGGAGAACGUCGAUUUGCAAGGUCUCAAUGUUUUUAAGGGUAGAGUUAGUGUGGCUGAUAUAAUUGGCUUCAAUGGAUCAGAGUCUAUAUCUUCAAAGCCUGAAGGCUAUCUGAAAUCUUGGGACAGUUCCAUUGAUCUUGUUAAUGUCCUUAAGCAUGAGAUUCGUGACGGACAGCUGAGCUUUAGGGGCAAAAGAGUACUUGAGCUGGGUUGUAGCUAUGGACUUCCUGGAGUUUUUGCUUGCCUCAAGGGAGCAAGCAUAGUGCACUUUCAAGACCUGAGUGCAGAAAGUGUUAGAUGCACAACCAUACCGAACGUCCUUGCGAAUCUCGAACAAGCUCGGGACAGGCAGAGUAGACAGGCAGAGAGUCCCUUAACUCCGUCCAGACACAGUUUGAGCCCAUCGGUACAUUUUUACGCGGGCGAUUGGGAAGAGCUCCCAACAGUGUUGUCCGUUGUUAGGGGUGAUGGAUUUGAAGGACCUACUGGAAUGAGCUUGAGCUUCUCUGAAGAAGAUUUUAUGGAUGGUUGCAGCAGUCAAGAUGGUAGCAUCAUUGGGCAUGAGUCUUCCUCGAGGAGAUCGAGGAAACUAUCGGGAAGUCGAGCAUGGGAGAGGGCGAGUGAGAGCGAUCAGGGAGAAGGUGGAUACGAUGUGAUUUUAAUGGCGGAAAUCCCAUAUUCACUCAACUCUUUGAAGAAACUAUACAGUCUUAUGAAGAAGUGUGUGAGGCCACCAUAUGGAGUGUUAUACUUGGCGACCAAGAAGAAUUACGUCGGUUUCAAUAGCGGAGCGAGGCAUUUGAGGAGUUUGGUCGACGAGGAAGGCGUUUUUGGAGCUCACUUGGUGAAGGAGAUGACUGACAGAGACAUUUGGAAGUUCUUUCUCAAGUGAUACAAUGGCUUUGCUUCUUUCAUUGUAAAAUCUGUAUUUUUCUUUAUUUCUUCUCAAUUUUGCUUCUUUAUUUCUUCUCAAUUUUGCCUGGAUUUCUCUUACUUUUACUGUAAAGUAUACACUCGCUCAGUUAAUCUAAGAUUGAAUGUUGUUAUUGUUCUA